AUGUAUGUGGGAUACAUCCUGGAUAAAGAAAGCGGCAUGUAUCACCAAGGGCCUGUAAGAAGAUCGAGCAUAAAUCUGCCUCCACAGAACUUUGUUUCUACACCUCAGUACCCCGACUUUACUGGAUACCAUCAUGUGCCAAACAUGGAUACGCACGCACAGUCUUCGGGGAGUUGGGGACCCACUUAUGGCGCACCACGGGAAGACUGGGGUGCAUAUAGUCUGGGACCACCUAAUACUAUUCCUACACCCAUGAACAACUCCCCUCCUGGACAGGUUCCUUACUGCUCAUCUGAGUACAGUCAUAUGCAUCCUCCAGGAUCUGCGGUGUUACAGCCGCCGCCGGAGAACGUUAAUGUUGCACAACUUUCUCCAGAUAGAGAAAGGCGCAAUUCAUUCCAGUGGAUGAGUAAAACUGCGCAAUCAUCUUCCACAGGUAAAACAAGAACGAGGGAGAAAUACAGGGUAGUUUACACAGACCAUCAGAGGCUGGAGCUGGAGAAGGAGUUCCAUUUCAACAGAUACAUCACCAUCAGGAGGAAAUCUGAACUGGCUGUCAACCUCGGUCUGUCGGAAAGACAGGUGAAAAUCUGGUUUCAGAACCGCAGAGCCAAAGAGAGGAAAAUGAUCAAGAAGAAGCUGGGUCAGUCUGACGGCAGCGGGGGGUCUGUGCACAGUGACCCGGGUUCAGUGAGCCCUCUGCCGGUGCCGGGCUCUCUCAGUCCCUCAGAAAUCCACAACUCUCUGUACCCUCCUCAGGGAAUGAACACUUUGCCAUCUAUCAGGAAUAUACAGCAAGUGACGUGUGAAGUGAAGUGUGAAUCAGUAGAACAGUUCACCCUCCGGACCAUCUAAAACCAUAACAGAGCUCUCCGACCCGCUGACAGGACACUUGAUAGGCAGCCAGAGGAUCUGAACUCUCGUUCUGAAGCACAAAGCUGUGGAUAAAGAUUUGAUUUAUAGCAACGAA